CUGUCGCGCCGCGUGAUGGUAUGAUCAAACUCUCGCCGCAAGAGUGCCCAACGUCCUUUCGCAGUUAAAGAGCAAUCUUCCCGCUCGCAACGAUGGCGACACCUACGCCCUCGACAAAUACGCCGCAGAAGCAGCACCUUCACAACCUCUCCUCGCCCGCACCCCGCAGCGUUCCACCCAUGAAUUUCGACUCGCCCGCCGUUCUUAAUAUGCUUGGCGAAGGUGGUGUUGGAAUGGGCAUCUCCAUGAGCGGCAUGGGCAUGUCCUCGCUGGGUCUCACCGCCAGCCAGCUUGGGCGCGCCGACGAAGAAGAGCGCCGACGCCGCCUGGAAAGCAUAAUCGCAUUAAUAAACAAGCGCAAGGGUCGCGUGAGCGAGGAGGGAAUAGCCGCGCUGUGCAAGCAGGAGCACAUCGAGUUGAUGCGGGAUGUAAAGGGGGACGGGACUGUGCUGUUGGUCCUCGGCCUGGGAGACGAAGCUGUGUGUGAGAUCAGCUUGCUCAACGAGGAUGUGACGAGCGUGAACCUUGAUUUGGCAAACGACGAUGACGACGUAUACAAGACUUCUGGGUCGAGAUUACUGAAGAAGAGUCUGCUACCGCCGCCGGGCGUUCGAAAGAUCAAUACCACACUGGAUCGCUUCUCGCUAAACCUGGAUAAGUUGAUGAACAUGGACAAACUGAGCAAGGCAAAUGCAGGAAUUCCAUGCUACAAGGCGAUUUUCAGCGUCCACGCAAGCUUAAAGAAGCUGUUUGAGCAUGAGAAGAAGCUGGCACUAGAGCUUAUUGGAUCGGAUGCGCCAAAUGCAAGCUACAGGGCUGAGCGGGAGGUUCUGUGCAAGAAGAGUGGGAGGCCGCGAAUGAACGCGGGACAUUGUCUCGGGUUAAGUCUGGAGUACUGGAUGGAUAGGCGGCAUCUGAUACCAAAGAAGGCGCAGAAGGCUGCCUCACUAAGAGACAAAGAUGAGGAUGAGACGGACUCCAGGAACCUCGAGGCAUAUCCAGAAGAGGCAGAUCCAGACAGCAAUAGGAUCUACUCGCUUACCGUCGAGUGCGAGUCAUCGCCCUCAUCCAUGUACACACCGAUACGCAUACCGGACUCUUGGAUAGGAGAUGACAUCGAAAAGGCACCAGAUGCGCAACCCGAUGCCGACAUUAAUAAUCUCCUUCUCAACACUCCACAAAGCAAGAUUGACUGGCUAGAGCCAAAACCUACAUACCUGGACUCCCCGUCCCAGGGAGGUGACCACGAGGCCAUGAACAUUGACAAUGCACCAGGUCGACUACCCAACAUUCGCUUUGUCGCGAAAUUCAACCCACCUCUUGUGGUUCCAUUAUCUCUCUACGUCACCGUACUGCAGUCAGUCGGAUUGGAAUACAACCCGCAAGAACUUCGCGCUACGACCUUUGUCGGUCUCGCCCUCAGGCCAGAAGAGGCUGACCCCGGCAUGUCCACUGGGGCGGGCGGACACACACCCGAGGUUCGCAGCGCGACCAAAGUCCUCACCAUUGACCACGCUGGGAACGAAAGCCACACUACCCACGCAAACACGCUUUACGUGCCCAGAUUAGAAUACGCCCGCACCCUCGACUCCCUACCGUUCCAGCAUCCCCGCCAGCUUGUCGCCCUCCUCCCUACAUUCCGACAGUACGCUUUCACCACCUCGCUCGUACAAGACGUGUUCGGUGCCAACGCACCUCCCAAGGCUGCGCCCCAGCAAAACCCGCUUUCCCCUCCGAUGACACCCAAGGAUGACAAGCAGCGAGGCCUGCAGAUAGACCUUACACUUGCGUACACAUCACCAUCUCCGAAACUUGCACUGCAUUUCCCACACCCCCUCUCCUCCGCACCGGAGACGCCUCUCCCAUCCAACGCCUCCGACUUCUUGAGCCAGCUGCUCGCACAGAACAUCCUUUCCUCUUCCGCCACGGCACCCCACCCACCCUUCAGACUGGUCGUCGACGUGGGCGAGAACGCGGAGGUUUACAUUAGCGAGCAGAACGCCGUGGACGCCGAGACUGGUGCAAGCAAGACGGGCGAGGCAGGAGAGGUAGAUAUGGAAGGGGUUGAGAAGGCGCGGGAGAAGAUCAAGCGGCUUGAGAAGGCGCUGGAUGUGUGUGGGGAUCUUGGGAUUUGGGCCGAGUGGAUUAGGCGGGAGGUUGUCAAGGAUGAUUGACUGAGCGGAGCAGAUGGAUUGGGCUGGACGAUUGGAAGUCGCAAUAUACCCCCAUAGACUAACAUCAUUUGUGCCGGCCGUGGGCCAGCGAAGAACGGCCAGAACGGACGAGGAACACAUGCUGUGCGUUAGUAUCACCUGCAUGAGAACAUUCAGCAUGCGUCCAAGUUCACAAGCAACAUCCGAGAGGAGC